ACUUGGUUCGGUCAUCAUAUUCACACACACCCUUUUAUUCAUAUCUCCUUAGCUCAAAUCAAUAUUGAAUGGCCAACAAAAACUCUCUCCCCCUCCAUGAAAAAAACUGGUACAAGCACAAUUAUAAACGAGUAACGGAUAGUUUGCUCUUAAUCCUCCUCUUAUUGCUGCUUGGUUACCGCGUUAUCUCUUUCAACAGCUACUCUUUUCCUUGUUGGUUUGUUGCCUUUUUGUGCGAAACAUGGUUCACCAUCUCUUGGUUUUUAACCCUCAUCACUCAAUGGAGUCCAGCUGUAGUCAAAACCUACCCUGAUCGACUCUUGCAAAGUGUGCGAGAGCUUCCAGCAGUGGACUUGUUUGUGACAACAGCAGAUCCUGUGCUUGAACCACCGAUUAUCACAGUGAACACUGUGUUGUCUCUGUUGGCACUUGAUUAUCCAGCUAAUAAACUUGCUUGUUAUGUUUCUGAUGAUGGAUGUUCCCCUCUUACCUUCUACGCUCUUCAGGAAGCUUCUAAAUUUGCAAAGUUUUGGGUACCUUUCUGUAAGAAGUACGAGGUCCAAGUUAGAGCUCCAUUCAGAUACUUCUCCGACAAACUUGAGGUUUCCACGACCAACAACACACCAGAAUUCAAUCAAGAAUGGUCACAAAUGAAGGAUAUGUAUGAUAAUCUUAGCCGCAAAAUCGAAUUGGCAUCCGGAGAAUCGAAUCCAUGUCAUGGGCAAUUUCCGGCUUUCUCAAACACUGAAAGGACAAAUCAUCCAUCCAUAAUUCAGGUUAUAUGGGAGAACAAGGAACAACUUGCAGAUGGAUUGCCUCAUUUGAUCUACAUAUCUAGAGAGAAGAGGCCAAAACAGCCUCAUCAUUUCAAAGCCGGAGCCAUGAAUGUAUUGACAAGAGUUUCCGGGUUGAUAACCAACGCUCCAUUUACGUUGAACGUGGAUUGUGACAUGAUUGUAAACAAUCCAACAGUUAUUCUACAUGCCUUGUGCAUUUUGCUUGAUCCCAAAGGUGAAAAAGAAGUUGCAUUUGCUCAAUUUCUCCAACAAUUCUAUGCUACAUUGAAGGACGAUCCUUUUGGAAACCAGAUGGCAAUUUUGUUUAAGUUCAUGGUAACAGGGUUAGCUGGACUCCAAGGGCCUUUCUACGGGGGAACAAAUUGUUUCCAUAGAAGAAAAGUUCUUUAUGGUCUUUCUCCAUAUAACUCGGAAAAAGGAAACAGCAUAUCAGAGAAGGAAUUAAAACAAAAAUUCGGAGCUUCAAAAGAGAUUAUGAAUUCAGCUGCUUAUGCUUUGGAAGGAAGGACAAAUUCGCCAAAUGAUAUUAAUAUUUCCAACGUUGUUGAUGUAGCAAACCAAGUUGCUGCUUGUGGGUAUGAAUCUGGCACUGGAUGGGGCAAACAGGUGGGUUGGAUAUAUGGAUCAGUAACAGAAGAUGUCCUCACCGGGCUAACGAUACACGAAAAAGGUUGGAGAUCAGAAUUGUGUACACCAAGCCCAAUUCCGUUCACAGGUUUCGCUCCAGGAGGUGGCCCAACUACAAUGACCCAACAAAAGAGAUGGGCCACAGGAUUGCUUGAAAUCUUCUUUUGCAAGCAUUCUCCUAUUAUUGGCACCCUUUUCCGUAAGCUUACUUUGAGACAAUGUUUAGCAUACAUGUGGAUUAUCAAUUGGGGCCUACAGCCUGUAGUUGAAGUAUGUUAUGCAUGUCUCAUUGCAUAUUGCAUCGUCACCAACUCCAAUUUUCUGCCACAGGAUCUGGGCAUAUGUAUUCCUGUUGCUCUAGUCAUAAUUUACAAGGUAUAUACUAUAUCAGAAUAUUUGGUAGAAGGGUUAUCAAUUCGAGCAUGGUGGAAUAAUCAAAGGAUGUCAAGAAUAACGUCUAUAAAUGCUGGUUUUUGUGCAUUUCUUAGUGUCUUACUUAAGUUACUAAGAAUAUCUGAAACUGUAUUUGAAAUAACAAAGAAAGAUUUACCUACAGCAAAAGAUGUUGGAGAUGAUACGGAUAUCGGCAGAUACACUUUCGACGAGUCUCUAAUUUUUUUACCAGGCACUACUAUUUUGUUGUUGCAAUUGACAGGAAUGAUUAUUAAGUUAUUAGGAUUGCAACCACCAAUGCCAACUCAAAAUGGGAUUCAUUGUGGAUUAGGUGAAAUUUUUUGUAGUGUUUAUUUGAUAAUUUGUUAUUGGCCUUUUCUGAGAGGAUUAUUUGAAACAGGAAAAUAUAGAAUUCCCUUAUCCACAAUAUACAAAUCAAUUAUCUUAGUAUGUCUCUUUCUACACCUAUGUAGGAAGAUCAUUAUUAGUUGAUGAAGUAUAGAAACUAGAAUAAGAUAUGAUUGAUAUAAGAAAAUGUUUUGUUAAUAUUCAAAUGGCAUGACAAACAAUUGUAUUAUUAUGUUUUAA